AUGGAUGUAAAUAAUGCGAACAUUAGAGCACCCAAGUCUGCUCAAGAAAUCGAACACGAUAUACUCGGGGUCCUGUUUCCUACACCAUUCGCCUGUGCUAAGCUGACAGCGCUGCCCCAGGGAACGACCAACUUUGUAUUUCGCGGCACGUUGACAGAACCCGUCCCAGUAUCGUCUGACGAAGACCACGCAGUCUCGGAAAAGAUCGAAACGGUCAUCGUCAAGCAUGUGGAAAAGCACACAAGGCUCAAUCCGGCUCUGCGGCUUGAUAGUCUUGACGGUUUCGAGCCUUCGAUUUUGAGUCAUCUGAGACAAUUCCGAUGGGAGGAAUCUUCAGGUUCAACCUCCUCCGCUAAAAGCUCAUCAGGACAGCUGGGCGGACAUGUUCGAGUCCCACACGUACUUUUCGCCGGCCAAGAUACCUUUGUCGUGGAAGACUUCGGCCAAGAUACCAAAGACAUGGCCGCCUGGCUCUUGGGGCCGGAACCUGAAUUACGCCACAAAGCGAAAAGCGUGGGACAAUGGCUUAAGGCCUUUCACCGCUGGGCCAUAGAGCCAAGCCAGGAAAAGCUUGUGGCAAGAUUAGCAGAGAACUCGGCAAUGGGUGAGUUCAGGAUCGACAUCAUGUAUAGAGGCAUCUCCGCAGUGUGCGAAAAACUCGGUCUGUUGGACGGGGAUACCAUUACCGCUUUUAAAGAAGUCGAAGCCCUGAUUCUGCACGAAUUUGCAGAGCGGGAUCCAGGCAAGGCUACGGGGGAAGAAUGGGGCCCGAUUCAUAGCGACUUCUGGACUGGCAAUGUCCUUGUUCCAACACCAGAAGGAUCCGGCAGAAGGCCCUAUUUCUCGGUCAUUGACUGGGAAUUCGCCCAUCUCGGCUUCAGAGCAUAUGAUCUUGGCCACAUGACCGGCGAUCUGAUCGAAAAGCACCAGCUUGGAAGACUAGAUGGUUUUACCGCAGCCUUCGGAGGAUUUGUGGAAGGCUAUAGCAAUAUAAGCAGAGAUAUGGCAUUCCGUACCCUCAUCCAUGCAGGAGCACAGCUUAUAUGCUGGUACUUUAGAGGACCGAAGAAAGGGCUGCAUGACGAUGAAAUCCGCCGCAUCAUCAAGUUGGGGAGAGACAUGAUAUGCUAUGGUAUCAAGAGGGAUGAAUAUUGGUUCCGUGACAACGGGUUUGGUCCUAUUAUAUCUACUCCACACGUUGAACAGCAGUUAUAA